AUGUCGUCAACUGAAGAAACGAAAGAUAUGUCAAUCAAGUCCGACGCAAAUUAUGUCGAGGAGAAGAAUGCCGGACUCAAUAUCCCCGACCCGGCUCAGACUCUCUCAGAGUCGCACAAAGCCUACCUCCUGGAACGACAUGGCACGCUAGAUCUCGAUCCAAUCCCCAACAUGGAUCCAGCAGACCCGUACAAUUGGCCGUUGUGGAAGAAAACAGCCAAUCUAGGUCUGGUCGCGUUCCAUGCCUGCAUGGGGACUUUCACUGCUUCUUCCAUCAUCUGUGCCUAUGAGAACAUCGCAAUGGACGUCGGCGUCUCCUUGCAGAGGGUGAGCUACUUGACCUCGUUGCAGAUUGCCAUCCUAGGAGGCGCGCCGCUAUUCUGGAAACCACUCUCACAACGAUACGGCCGGCGCCCGAUCUUCCUCCUGUCACUAAUCCUGAGCUGCGUUUGUAACAUCGGCUGUGCGAAGAGCCCGGAUUACGCUUCUAUGGCGGCGUGCCGUGCUCUCGUGGCUUUCUUUAUCUCUCCGGCUAUGGCUAUUGGCAGUGGUGUGGUCACCGAGACCUUUUUCCGGAAAGAACGGGCGCGGUAUAUGGGCAUCUGGACUGUGAUGGUCACCCUAGGUGUUCCUGUCGGUCCGUUUAUCUUUGGAUUUGUUGCCCAGCGCGUCAACUAUCGCUGGAUAUACUGGAUCCUAGCCAUUACCAACGCCUGCCAAUUCGUGUUGUACAUCUUCUUCGGUCCCGAAACUCGGUAUAUUGGAGCAGAAACCCGAUCUCAAACCUCAUCGUUCAAGCGCGAAUACCUGUCCAUCCGCCGAAUCGAUCCCGCGCCGUUCAAAGUGUCCGAAUUCAUACACCCACUUGCCCUCUUCACGCACAUUCCCGUUCUUCUAGCAGCUGUCGCCUAUUCAAUGGUCUUCCUAUUCGCCUCAGUUAUGAGCUCCGUGGAGGUCCCCCAACUCCUGCAAGUCAAAUUCGAGCUCAAUGCCCAGCAGCUCGGCCUCCAAUUCCUCGGUCUUAUCAUUGGAUCUCUGCUGGGCGAACAACUGGGUGGCUUCAUGUCUGAUAUGUGGAUGAAUGCCCGAGCCCGCCGCAUUGGCCAGAAGCCUGCUCCGGAAUACAGACUGUGGCUGAGCUAUAUCGGCUUCUUGCUCACCAUUGCCGGCAUGGUCGUCUUUCUAGUAUGCACCGAGCAGGCGGCCGUUGGCCAGUGGUCCGUGAAGCCCGUAAUCGGAACUGGCAUUGCAGCGUUUGGCAACCAGGUCGUCACUACCGUGUUGACUACUUAUGCUGUGGAUACGCAUCCGCACGAUGCCGGGAGCGUCGGGGUUUUUAUUAACUUUGUGCGGUCUACCUGGGGAUUCAUCGGACCGUUCUGGUUUCCUUCAAUGUUUGAGAGCGUUGGCCUUGCUAAGAGUUCCGGGGUGGUUACUGCUUUGGUUAUGGGCGCCAGUUUUAUUCCCACGGCGCUGAUGCAGUGGCAGGGCUCGAAAUGGUAUAAGCACGAUGCGAAGAGGUGA